AAAAGAUUAGAACUUGGUUAUUAUUCAUUUAGUUAUCUUGGUUACUCCAUACAUCCACCUCUCUAUUUCCUUCAUCCAUUUUUCCACACUCCAGAAUUUCACACUUCCCUCUCCCUUUCUCUCUUCCUCCACCCAAAAAUGAAAAACCUCGGCAAUUGUCCGACGUUUCUAAUCCUCGGAGUUUUAUUCCUCUGUUGUCUUUCCCAUGUUAGAUCCGACGCCUCCGACCACCGUUACAAAGACGGUGAUCCUGUCCCGCUCUACGCCAAUAAGGUCGGCCCGUUCCACAACCCCAGUGAAACCUAUCGCUACUUUGAUCUGCCCUUCUGUUCUCCAGAUCAUUUAAAGGAGAAGAAAGAAGCGUUAGGUGAGGUCUUGAAUGGUGAUAGACUCGUAAACGCGCCUUAUAAACUUAACUUUAGAGAGGAAAGAGAUUCUUAUGUUGUUUGUAAGACGAAGCUUUCAAAAGAUGAGGUUGCCAUUUUCCGUAAGGCGGUUGACAAGGAUUAUUAUUUCCAAAUGUACUAUGAUGAUUUACCUAUCUGGGGUUUUAUUGGAAAAGUUGAUAAGGAGGGAAAAGCUGAUCCGAGCGAGUACAAGUAUUUCCUUUACAAGCAUAUCCAGUUCGAUAUACUUUAUAACAAGGAUCGCGUAAUUGAGAUCAGUGCUAGGAUGGAUCCUCAUUCGCUUGUGGACUUGACUGAGGAUAAGGAAGUUGAUGCUGAGUUUAUGUAUACUGUGAAAUGGAAGGAGACUGAGACUCCUUUCGAGAAGAGGAUGGACAAGUACUCCAUGUCUUCUUCUUUGCCACAUCAUUUGGAGAUUCAUUGGUUUUCUAUCAUCAACUCUUGUGUGACGGUGCUCCUUUUAACGGGUUUCCUUGCAACGAUUCUCAUGCGGGUCUUGAAGAAUGAUUUCAUUAAGUAUGGUCAAGAUGAAGAAGCAGCUGAUGACCAAGAAGAGACUGGAUGGAAGUAUAUUCAUGGAGAUGUAUUCCGAUUCCCAAAGUUCAAAUCUUUGUUUGCUGCUGCUCUUGGAUCUGGAACACAGCUGUUCACUUUAACGGUUUUCAUUUUUAUGCUUGCAUUGGUUGGUGUCUUCUAUCCGUACAAUCGCGGUGCUCUGUUUACUGCCCUAGUGGUCAUAUAUGCACUUACAUCAGGGAUUGCAGGAUAUACAGCUACUUCUUUCUACUGUCAGCUUGAAGGAAAGAACUGGGUUAGGAAUCUGUUAUUGACUGGCUGCCUUUUCUGUGGACCCUUAUUUCUCACAUUCUGCUUCCUUAACACGGUUGCUAUUGCAUACAGCGCAACUGCUGCACUGCCUUUUGGAACUAUUGUAGUAAUAGUCCUCAUAUGGACACUAGUGACAUCUCCCUUGCUUGUUCUGGGUGGUAUUGCUGGAAAAAAUAGCAAGGCUGAGUUCCAAGCUCCCUGCCGCACCACAAAGUAUCCUCGAGAGAUUCCACCAUUGCCUUGGUACAGGAGUGCGAUUCCUCAGAUGGCAAUGGCUGGAUUUCUUCCAUUUAGUGCUAUUUACAUUGAGCUUUACUACAUAUUUGCCAGUGUCUGGGGCCACAGGAUCUAUACCAUAUACAGCAUCUUGUUUAUUGUCUUCAUCAUCCUGCUGAUUGUCACUGCUUUUAUAACUGUGGCUUUGACAUAUUUCCAACUUGCAGCCGAAGAUCAUGAAUGGUGGUGGAGGUACAUAAGUUCUCUAAUUAUGCAUUCAUUUCUCCAUUGCCUUUUGCCUUGCACUUUUGACAUAUUUUAAAAUCUGGAAUUUCAUACUAUAUUUCACUUCUCCCCUGCUGCUCUCUUAGUUUAUGGUACAUGACAAGUAAAUUUUCAUGCCUUUAGAUGAAUAUUGUAUGUAAUUCAAGAACUGUAAAAAAAAAUUGGCUACAAAUGGCGAGUUUAUGUUUUGUAUAAAGGACAAUUGGAUGCCUAUUAGCAAUUUCCUGAGGGUUUCUCAGCUCGUGUUUGCAUUUUCUUUGGCUGUGUUUCUUGAUAAUUUUUUUUGGAGAAGUAUAUUAUUCUGUUUUCAUGGUGAUCUGUUGGUUAGAGAAUGGCAAAGGGCUAGCUUUCUAUUUUGUCAUGCAUAAUGUUGGUGGACAUGGAUUGCUACAAUCCUUGAAAAGAAGCGAAAUAUUUUGGUUUAAAAGUACAACCCCCAACCCCCGUGUACUGCUGCCUUGGUAAAUGAAUAAAAAGAAUGAAGAACAGUAAAUUCCCUAAUUCUGUUUUAGGUUUUUAUGGUACUGGAUAAUCUGCAGGUUAGUUUAUUAGG